AGUCAAUAUUAGCUGUUGUAUCUGCUGCAGCUUUGCGCCAGGCUUGGUAGGAAACUAACACAGCAAGAGAAUGGCUUCUGAAACUUGGAAGUAGUGUCUGCUCUUCUCUCUGGAAUAAUUGCAUUGGUACUGUAGCUUCAGCUGUAUUUCUUCAUGAAUGGCGUGUAUUUGCCUCCUCUUCCUCCAACAAGAAAUCGCUGGAUUGUGUUCCUGUGUAGGGAAGAAAUCUGAUAGGAAUUAUCAUUGUUAAUGGUUGAUCUAUAGUAAAGAAACCUGCUUGAGGCUGUAUCUCUUGCUACAAAUCCUCUUGCAAGAAGCUGAAAAGAAAAUGUGUGGGGGUACACCAAAGGCUACAAAUGCAGGGGAACAAAUAGAAAGAGCAAGAAACAACAGUGAUGUACCGCUUGGAAGUGAUUUCUCUUGUACCAAAUUAGAUGAAAGGAUUAGAAAAUCUCUGAGAGACAGAAGUGUCAGCUGUGUGAGCAGAGUGACUAGGCUGCUGCAAAACAGCUGGUCCUCAUCAGAGUUUGACUUGAAUGAAAUUCGUCUGAUAGUUUACCAGGACUGUGAGAGAAGAGGCAGACAGGUCUUAUUUGAUUCCAAAGCAGUCCGCAAAAUUGAUGAAGCUGUGAUUCAGAAAAUGGCAGAGGAUGCUCCUGUAAAGACUUCUGUCAGGACCUGUCAAGCAAGCAGUGGGAACAACAGUAUUUCUUCCCAUAAUCUCUCAAUAAGUGUUACACAAAAUGUCAAAGAGCAAAUACCAAAGUAUCAGUACACCAGACCAGCUUCUGACGUCAAUAUGCUGGGAGAAAUGAUGUUUGGCUCAGUGGCAAUGAGUUACAAAGGCUCCACCUUGAAAAUUCACUACAUACGCUCUCCCCCACAGCUGAUGAUAAGUAAAGUCUUCUCAGCCAGGGUAGGAAGCUUCAGUGGAAGCAACAACAACCUACAGGAUAGCUUUGAAUACAUUAACCAAGAUCCCAGCCUUGGAAAGCUGAGCUCUAAUCAGAAUGGCUUGGGUACCUGUCGCAGUGGAAGUAAUUUAGGUGUGUUACAGCUGUGUAGCAGCAAACUGCUGCAGGGUGUGUCUGAAGGAGGUCCCCUCCGGCUCAUCCGCAGUGCUUCUUUCUUUGCAGCUCAUAGUACACCUGUCGAUAUGCCCAGCAGAGGACAAAAUGAGGACAGAGACAGUGGCAUUGCUCGGUCAGCAUCUCUGAGCAGUCUUCUGGUUACUCCUUUUCCAUCUCCAAGCUCUUCAUCAUCAUCUUCUAGCAGCUAUCAGCGUCGUUGGCUCCGAAGCCAGACAACCAGUUUAGAGAAUGGAAUUAUUCCAAGAUGGUGAGUUACACUAGAAGAAUAGUUAGUUAUGCGUGAUGAGAGCUGCAGCUCCAAUCCUGCAAUGGUCCGGAGGAAAAAAAUUGCCAUCAGCAUAAUCUUCUCUCUGCCUGAAAAAGAAGAUGCUCAGAGGAACUUCCAAGAUUUCUUUUUCUCUCACUUCCCUCUUUUUGAAUCCCACAUGAACAAACUGAAGUAUGCAAUAGAAAAGGCCAUGAUCUCAUGUAGAAAAAUAGCAGAAUCCAGCCAGAGAGUGCAGGUUUAUAUCAGCCGUGUCAUGGAUGCCCUGGGAGAAUUCAGAAUUACCAUCUGGAACCUAUAUUCUGUUCCACGGAUUGCAGAGCCAGUGUGGCUUAAUAUGAUGUCCAGUACCCUGGAAAAGAACCAGCUAUGCCAGCGUUUUCUUAAAGAAUUUACAUUUCUGAUUGAACAGAUCAACAAAAAUCAGUUCUUUGCUGCUUUGUUAACUGCAGUGCUGACAUACCAUCUGGCUUGGGUCCCAACAGUAAUGCCAGUUGACCAUCCUCCUAUAAAGGCCUUCUCUGAGAAGCGUACUUCGCACUUUGUGAACAUGCUGGCAAAAUCCCAUCCAUAUAACCCUCUUUGGGCACAGCUUGGUGAUCUCUAUGGUGCCAUAGGCUCUCCAGUUAGAUUGACUCGAACUGUUGUUGUUGGGAAGCGUAAAGAGUUGGUACAGCGCUUGCUCUAUGUUCUAACUUACUUCAUUCGGUGCUCUGAGCUACAGGAAAAUCAGCUGACAUGGAGCGAGGCAGUUGGAGAAGAAGAACAAGUGCUAAAUGGAAGCAAGAUAACAACUGCACUAGAAAAAGGGGAGAUAGAAGAGUCUGACUAUGUCGUCGUCACUGUCAAAAAUGAACCUGCUCUUGUGCCUCCAAUCCUACCUCCAAAAAAUGAUCGAAGUAAGAACCAUACUAUUGCAGAGUGGGUAUAUAACCCAAAAGGCACUUACCCUGUGCCAGCCUCUUCAAAAGAAAAGAAAGAAACAAUAGGAAAAGUCAGUCAGAAUUCUGAAACAUCUGUCGACUGUCUAACUAGCACUUUACAUAAAGGAGCAACUGACAGUGGGAAAAGAACUGUCACUGAUACAGGAGCUGUGCCCUACCACUUUGAAGAACCAUCUAAUUUGGAGGAUUUAACAGAUGUGAGGAAGAACAAAAAGCAGAAUGAUAGAAAAGUGGAAAAGCAGUUGUCUAGUAGGUCGUCUGCCUUACCUUGUCCUGAAAGGUCUGGCCACAGGAGUUCACAUUUAGAAAAGGUCACCUUUCGGAUUGGAAGCUCUGCAUCACCGGAGUCAGACUUAGAAACUCGAAGGAGAGAAAUGGAAGAGAAUCUGAAGGUAUUGAGAGAAAAUCCAGAGGUAAUACACUGUGCCUCAAGUUCUACAAAUCUGACUGUGGAUGCUUCCCAGAAUCAAAAAGAAAGCUGUGAAGCUGCCUCUUUGCCAUACAGUAAGCAUAGUAUUUGUUACGCACAGAUCUCAUCUUGUGAGGGGCAGGGGAGUAUGCUUAAUAACCAACGUAUGGAAAAUACAGGAACUGAAGUAAAUUCAGAGAACACAGUUCCAGGUGAACUACUUUUGUCAGUUGAUAACGUAGAAACUGUAACAUUGCCAAGCAUAAAAGAAACUAGAACUUCAUGCUCUGGCAAUCUGGAGGGCUAUUCACCUGGCUGUGUAGAAGUAGAUUCUGCUGUCAAAAAAGAGUCCCUUAAACUAGGUGCUAAAGAUGUCCCCUGUGGGGAUGCUAGAAGAAAAACCCCUUUCAGAGUUGAGGGGGACAUUCCAAGGAAUGAGAGUUCAGACAGUGCUCUUGGAGCCAGCGAUGAAGAAGGUGAUUGCUGUAUUCCUGAUGAAGUGCGUCACGAUAACGUCAGCAAGCGACUUGAAGAGUUUGCAGAAGUGGAACUUCCUUUACCAAGAUCAAACACAGUCAGCAGACAGUGUGUGAAAAACUUCGGCAGAUCGCUUCUAGGUGGUUACUGUCAUACAUAUGUGCCUGAUCUAGUGCUGCAUGGAGUAAAUAAUGAUGAAAAACUUAAGCAGUGUCUACUAGCAGACCUACUUCAUGCAAUGCAUCAUCCAGUGCUAGAUGAACCAAUAGCAGAAGCUGUCUGUAUUAUUGCAGACACAGAUAAAUGGAAUGUACAAGUAGCUACGAGCCAGAGAAAAAUGAUGGACAAUAUGAAGUUAGGCAAAGAUGUCUUGGUGUCAAGUCAAGUAUCCAGUUUACUGCAGUCUAUUUUACAGCUUUAUAAACUCAACCUCCCAGCUGACUUUUGCAUAAUGCAUCUUGAGGAUAGACUACAAGAGAUGUAUCUCAAAAGCAAGAUGCUUUCGGAAUAUCUGCGAGGACAUACAAGAGUGCACAUAAAAGAACUAGGAAUUGUAUUAGGGAUUGAAUCCAAUGACUUGCCUUUGUUGGCUGCUAUAGCAAGUACUCAUUCCCCAUAUGUUGCUCAGAUACUCUUAUAAAUUAAAAUCUCAGGAUAGUCAUUCCCUUAAAAUAAAGAAUACGGGCAUGUUGGAAGAGGAACAGAGGUGCCAAACACUGGUAAAUGGGAACACUGAGAAAAGCAGAUAACUGUAUCUUCUACCACUUUCCAUUCCAAUUUCAGCUGGAUGUUUGGUUGGAGGACAUCAGUUUACAUAACAUAAAAGGCAUUCAGGUGUUUCUUAUAAUCUCUCUUCUGACUUAGUGACUGCAUCCUUGCAUUUUGUUUUUAAUCAAAGGACAAAAGCUAACACUAUGUGGCAGACUGUGAGCUGCCAUCCAAAACGCUGCUCAAAACCAUGAAGUAACAGUUAAAGAACAAGUGGGCUGGAAAGGAUUUCAUCACACUGUACUUCUGAGUGUGGUGUGGUGUAUGUUUCUUUGCUGGGGAGGAAAAGCUGUAAACUAUGUAUAUAGCAUUCCUAUACGCAAGUAUAUUGAUGGAACAUGAUUUUCCUGCAGAGCAUAAGCAUGAUUUUAUAUAGUAAAAGUGACCAGCUCAGAAAAGGAAUCUGUUUUUAGCAGCCAAAUGUUAUCUGGAAAUAGUGGUGUGUGUGAGGUGAUGUGACUUUUUCCUUGAAGGACAAGAAAUGAAGAAAGCUCCCACUGCUUCUCUUUUAAUGAGGCAUUCAAAUGGCUUAUGACUAGAAGUAAUUCUACCCCGAAAAUGGAAUGAACUUCUGAGAUUCUUUUGUAGGAAAGCCUUAUGGAAUUUCUGCUACAAGUUUACAUUUGUUACUGAUGCAACUUCAAUAACUUUUUGAGUUUCUGUAUGAAUUUAACCUGUGUCUUGGUGUCAUCAAGUAUUGCUAUCCCUGAGGAGUAUGAAUUUGACAAACUUCUGUAUGAUACCAGUGCUGUAGUGCACACGUGUACGCACGUACACCAGACAAUUGGCUCCAACCGAAGACAAUCUUACUGGGGGAAGAAUCUUUAUGGAACCUUCAGUCGAAAGUAUUACUUCUUUCUGGUUAUUAGUUGGUCAUACUAGGUGUAAAAGGUGAGCGUUGCUUAAAGUCAAAUGAAAUGUAGAGAGCAAACCCCCCCCUGGUAUUUGAUAUUAAUAUGAAUGUUUGCAAUUACCCUUUUUCAUUCUACAGAAAUCCUAAACUGUCAUACAGGUGCCUUUCCUUAGUAGAUUAACUGCUUUGAGACCAGAAACUACUUCUCCAUGAGUCGAUACUGGCCUUCUAUAUUUCUAGAAAGCAAAAUGAAAUUUUGUAUUUUACUGUUUUCAUGUUGGUGAUAACAUGAAUGUAAAAAAAAAAAAAAAAAAAAGCAUAAAGCCCUGUUGAGCCAGAUGUGAAAUUACAGACCAGACUGAGGAGAGAAAAGAAAUCAAAAAAAGCAUUCUUAAGGAAAAGGAAAAAUAAAUGUUGGACCAUUUUGAUCUGAGCCAGCAUGAAUGAGGUCUGAAAUUGACAGCUUGCAAGCGAGUCGCUGGCAAAACAGUUGUUUGGGAAUAGCAAACUGAGAAACUUCUGGUCACCAGUUAUUUGUUGUCCUCAUUGGUGAUUGGAGAUUUUUAACACUGAAGGGAUGCACUUUUAUUAAAAGUGGUUUUAUUUCAUACUACCUUGAUGUUUGGACUUUUCUACAGUAAACUUUAAAUGAUUUGAAACUCUGAAAUGUUCAUUUUGUGAGUUGUUUAAACGUGACUGGGGUCUUGAUUAACCUCGUGUUGCUUUCUGAGGGGAAAUGGGUAGGCUGACUUACUGUGAAGAGGGGUUGUUUCCAAGUAGAGGGAUACCUAAUAUUCUGAUACAAAGAUUCUAAAGCUGUUCCUUGUAUGCUGGCUUUCUGAUCUGACAUUCCAGAUGUUUCUUUUAUUGUAUUUUCAUAGACUUGUCUCUAGCCUACUGAAGCUAAAAUCUUUUUGUGGUUCAGGUCUACUCCUGCUGCAAAUAAUUAAGCAAAUUUUUCAUAUCUUUGGUCUGUGAAUCCUUGUAUCUACUGGAAGGCAAGUUUUUCUCUGCAUCUAUUUGUUAGCAGAUUUCAUUCUAUUUCACAAGGUCAAAACAAAGUAAGAACCAUAGAGCAAGUUGUGUAUUCCUGAACUGUCCCUGUAUGGGGAGCGUGUGGGUGCAUGUGUGUAGGACUGCGAAACUCCUUCCCUGAGUGUAUAUAAAAAUUCUCAUGUACUUCUUCAUGUCAUUCUUAAUUAGUAGUUGAAUUUAUUAAAAGACGGUUCCAGUUCUCCUAAGGCAUUGGUAGGCUUUUUAUCUGAACAGACUGACAGUUUUUCAAAGUGUGCAGAGACACCUUUGCUAUCAUAGUUGGCUGACUUUGACUUCCUUAGAACACACUUAGUGAUUUCAAGGCGAAUACCAUAACAAGUAACAUCUGAUUUUUACUACACAGAUUAUUAAAAAAAAAUAAAAAUAAAUAAAAAAUCUGCCUUUUUGGCAAGAUAUUAAACUAAUCUAGGAGUGGCAUGUGUGCUGAUGGACAAAGUGCUUGGAUUUCUUCAGCCCAGGCUAAAACUUGACAGUUCUUGCUGCUUUCUCCAACAUUUUGCUGCUCUUCAGAAACGAUAUGAAGAACUACCUUGUUCUGACAGUUUUAGUUUGGGGAGGGGGAAAUCAACAUGAAAUCUGUUCUAUUACCGUUAAAAAGGUUUUAGUCUAAAGAAAGUUAAAUACAUCUCUCUCCCCUCCACCAAAGGUACUACCUCAGUUGAUGGGAUUCCACCUUCUAGGGCUUUUUUGACUCAGUCUUUAACUUGUUUUUGGUAGCAUCUUGCCAUUUAUGUGAUGUAGUAUGGCAUGACGGGGCAGUAGGUGUUCACAGGCGCUGUUAGACAUCUUAUAGGGCAUGUUUUUGUUUUAAUUGAAUGAGAUGAUAUGAAUGUACAGAGGAGCUGAAAGUUGAUUAUGUAGCUUAGUUUUCAAAUACUCCAAAGUUUUUAUCAGUAUUAUGUAGGUUUUUCUGUAAACUUAAUAAAUGCAUACUUUAAGUGGGAGUGCACACUCUUUCCAGAAUCCCACGGAAAUGCAGUUUACACAAUGCAAUUUCAGAAUGUAUUCUUUUUUUUUUUCAGGCAAGACUCAGCAUUGCUACACAGAGGGGAGGAAUGAACUACUAAAUUUCGUAGCAUCUUAAUGAGCUCCUUAACCUAAAACAGUACCAAGAUUGAGUUAUUUUAAUUUAAAUAAGUAUUUUCUGAUCUAACGUAUGCAACUGUCUUCUCCCCAAAAGAAACAAACGCAUACUUACUCUAUAAUUAUUUAACUCAUAUUUCUAGUUACAUCUUCAGAGUAACAGAUUGGACUUUCCCACCCCCUACCGAAUGCAUUUUUUAAAAGUCAAAAAGCCUUUUUCGAUGCAUCGAACUCUUGUAUAUAGUUUACACAAAAUGAUCAGUUAUUCCUCAAGUAUAAAUUCUACUUGAGUUAAGAAGACCCGGAUCAAACCGAAGUCUGAACUGCUGAAUGCACUCUAGAUGUGUUUUUUUUUUUAUAUUGAGUAUGCUAAUUUGUCAUACACAGUAGGAUUUCCAUAUAGAUAAAAACAUGUGUUGCUAUUUUGCAUGUUUGGAGAGCACAAGCUUUUUUUUUUUAUUUAGGAAUGACUGAAUACAGAUGUCAGACUACAUGUUUUUGAUGGCUUUUUUCAUAUAGUUGUUUAUGUACAUUACCACUUUGGUCUAUUUCUCUGCUGCAUUUGGUGCAAUAAACUUUCUGAAAUUAA